AUGGCCCAGUUCGAGGAGGUUCUUGGCGGAGUGCGGCUGGCUCUGACCUGGGCCUCUCUUGCUGAGAUCAAGGCUAUGCUGGAGGGUUUAGUGGAGGAGCAGAUCAUCUCAGAGGCCUACAGAAAAAGCUUAAGUCUUCACCGAUUUAUUGAGGGGAUUGCACCUGAGACCAUUCACAGCCAAUCAACAUGUAAAGCUGGAUCUGACAAGCUGGAAAUUCAUUCUCAAGAAUCCACCGCUCACUGGCAACAAGAUCAAUGGGGUCAGGUGAGGAAAUACGGGUUAUCAACGUCAAGAGAAUCUGCCAUCACUAUCCACGACCAGUUGAGAUCAGAGGAUGAACAUAACAGUACAUGGUCCAAGCCAAACCUUCAUCCACUCUAUGGUUCUGUGAGCCAAGGACAUAACCCUAAACUGAUACAGGAGUUGAGCCAUUGGAUGUCAUCAAGAGGGCCAGUGAUGGACGAACACUACACCAGUCACAGGAUUGUACGUGUAAGUGAUAAUGAAAGAGUAGAUGAGUCGAAUUCGGAGGAUGAGAAGGAGUGGUUGGAGCAGGUAGAGGAGGCAGCCAGGCGAAUAGCAGUGCCUCUGUGGCAGCACUGGGACCGAGGAGAGAGAAUGUUACUCCCCCUACUCCCAUGUGUGACUGCUGUAUGUUCAGCAAGUGCAAAAAGAGCGAGUGAUGCACCAUGUCCUGUUUCUGAUAUGGAAGAUCAAACAGAGCUUGCAGUCGCCUGCCAGAUGCUAGACUUGUAUACUGACAGUAUGGAGGUCAAGAUUACAAACACAAGCUUGACAUUGGAUACAGAGGGAGCCACCUACUCAUUAAAAGGCCACUGUUUCUCAAUGUAUGACAAUGUAGCGGCAACUGAAUUGAACACGGAUCAUUUCAAUAUUUGUGAAACAACUGACACAGCAUUAAAUGCAUCACCUGUUGAGGCCCGUGCAGCAGACGAAUAUGAAAAUGAGGAUAAGGAGAGGUUGGAUUCACACUGGGAUACCAAGAUGCAGGAAGAGGAACAGAAUCUGCCUCCCUAUUCUGACUUGGAAGAUCUACAAGUUACCGAGAUGCAUGAAGUGGAACAGGACCUGCCUCCCGAUCCUAACUUUGGAGAUCUACCAGAUUUAUCUGAAUUCCUCAAUGAUGAUUACCUGCGAAAGUUUAUGGAACAGGAAGACACAGAAAUCCUCUUUGGUGAUCCAUGGUUGAAUGGUGUGGACGUCAACAACAACAACAACAACUGUGAUAUUAUCACAACAACAGCAUUACCCAGCGCAGAGAGCCACCAGCAGGAACAGCAGCACAAUGUAACAAGCAAAACAAAUCACAGGAGUAAAAGACCAAGAGCUCCCCGGUCACAACCUUGCACUGAAGGCAACAUGCCAACCAGAGCUAAAAGGCAACGAGCAGCAGGUCGAGCAAAGACUAAAAAGGCACAGACUGAGCCAGCUGUCACUCAGGGUAGUGACAUGGGAUCAGAGCCAAUUCCAGCAGAGACAGCAGGCCUCUCCACAUCUCCACCGAGAAUCCUUCAAUUCCAUUCUCCCAUCCAGUUUAUCACCAUCCCAGACACCCCAGGAUAUCAGGUUGUUCAGACACUGAGUCUCUCUCCUCCGGUUAUUCUUCCACUCCCAAAUACAGCUGCUGCACCCACAUACAUAUUUGUGCCUGCUCCCUCACCACCCCGCAACCUCCAAGUGCCACCCCUCUCCCCUGUGGACGGUGCAGUAGCACCAGUUCAAAUGAGUUCAUCCCCACCUGGAUCUUUGUCAGAUACUGCUAGCAAAGCUAUGUCUCCCCUUUGUGCUUCACCACUCUCCCCCAGUAAUGAGACAUCCCCCUGUAAAGAAUCACCUGUUCCUCAGUCUCCCACCGUCCUUGACAUUCCACAGAGUGUCAAGGACUACAUUCAGAAGGCCAAAGUCCACAUGAGUCAAGCCUGUCAGGAUAUGGAGGCAGGUUUGAACCUGACAUCUCAUUACGUAGAUGUGGAAGUGAUCCAGAGAGAGAUUCUUCGUUCUGGAAAAAACACAAACAAAUGCCUGGACAAAGAAUUAGUCAUCAUGGGAGACACAGACCGACAAAAAAGCUUGUUGGGGCAGAGUCAGAUCUUUGAGAGCUCAAAUGGAGACAAACCCAAACGCUACAUAUUGCUAUUCAGCAAUGCAGGCAUGGGAAAAACCACCCUGAUCAAGAAGCUGUGUCUUGACUGGUCCAGAGACUGCAUCCCUCAGUUUGACUUUGUCUUCUUAUUGGAUGGCAAAGCACUCACCAUAACAGAGCCGACCUAUAGCCUUCAAACCCUCCUGCUCAACCUCUCCUCCUUUGCCCCUUCCUGUAUUGACUCCCAAGCAGUGUAUGCUCAAAUCCUCGCAGCUCCUAAGCGUGUGCUCAUCAUUUUUGAUGGGUUUGAACAAUUGCGGGACUAUGAAAUUCUACUCCAGACUCAAGAAAAAGAUUUAUUCUCAUCAUUGCAGAAAGACAGUAAAGCGCAGACAUACACAGUGAGACAGCUAUACGCAGCCAUCCUUCAGAGGGCCCUCCUACAGGGCAGCACGCUAUUGCUCUCUACCCGACCAAGAGGCACUGCCAGCCAGCUACUGCGGCGGGCGGACAGCCUUUUGGAGAUGAGUGGUUUCACCCCCACGUAUGUCGAGAGUUAUUUGUCAAAGUACUUUACUGAUCCUGCCCUCAGGGCAUCUGCUUUGGACUGCUUACAAAACUCCAGCUAUCUACAUCUCCUCUGCUGGAACCCUGGGCUAUGUCGGCUGGUGUGCUUGGUUUUAGAGCAGUCCAAAAGUUCAGGGACUCUACCGAGAACUUUAACUGGGCUCUGCCAUCAAGUGCUUCGCCUAAAAAUGGAAAGGGACUGUAGUAACACAAACUCACAGGCUGAGGCUCAAGCACAAAUAUCCAUUCAAUGUGUAGAAGAAACCCAGACACAUGUCUCUAGUAGCACUGAUGUGAAGAGAAGAUCCAAAAAUACUCAGAGAAAGUCCCGAACACAGGUGCACACUCGUUCUCGAACCCAAAGAGCAAGGAGGGCAAAAGCAAAGGAGAAAGAGGCAGAUGAUUUGGAGGCAGAGGAGAUGAAGAGUGGUGGAGGUGAAAUACAGAGCACAGAGGACAAAGAGUUGCUGUCCCAGGUGAGCUCUUUGGCCUGGGAUGGGGUCAAAGCCAACUCUUCUGUCAUUCCCGCAGGACGGACCAUAUCCGCCAAACUCAAGGCUUUUGGCCUCAAGACAGGGCUAUUCCUCUCUCACCACCUGAGGACGACACAGUUUUACUUAAGUGGUGAGACGGAUGGAGCAGAAAGAAAGGACGGAAAAGAAAUAGAAGGAGGAAGGAAAGGAGAAAGAAGGGUGAACCGAGGAAGCACAGAUGUGGAAAACAGUGAAAACAUACUUCUGUGGGCCAACCCCUUCCUUCAGAGUUACCUGGCAGGGGUCCAUCUGUCUCUGUCAAGAACUGUAUCAGACCGUUCCUUCCUACAGACCCUCCCUUUCCAGUCAGGCCCAAAGGGGCGUCGGCGACCCCAAAGAGAGGAGCUGGAGCUAACAUUGAGAUUUGCAGUUGGUCUCCUCUUUCACAAUCGGACAGAGCUGCAGAGGCUUCACUUGUACACAGAGACAACCUUCAGAGACAUGGUGGUCAGCAAGCAGGGUUUAGUAACCAAACACAUUGAGGAACUUUCCCAUGUUGACAUGAGCCCCGCACAGAUUCUGGAGGCAUGUCACUAUGUUUAUGAGGCAAGUUUCACACAUGAUAACAAUAGCAGAGACAGUGGUGGCACACGAUUGGCCACUCACCUGGCAGCGAACCUUCCAGAGGUCCUGACAUUCCACGGAGUUUCACUCAGCCCACUGGACACGUUCGCUGUGCAGAAGAUUCUUGAAAGGGGUGGAACUGAAGGUAGAAGUUUCUGUUUGGAUCUCGAGGACUCUGGGAUACAGAUCUCUGGACUCAGGGCCCUGGUGGGGCUCAGCGACAUCAACACAUACAGGGCGUGCAUUGCCGAUGUCAUCACCCUAUGGGGAGAACUAAAGCAGAGUGGUGAAGAGGUGCUCCUACAACAGGUGGUCUCCAAGUUCAAGAUCCACCCUCUGAAAGCCACGCAGGUCUGUCACAUAGAUCACCUGGCCAAGCUGGUGAACAUACAUGUGAACAGGAGACUGUCAGACAGCUCCAGCCAAUCAGAUUCCAUCCUGGCAGAAGGAGUGCCAGCAGUCAAAGAGCUACACAAGCUGGAGUUUGCGCUUGGUCCAGAGAGUGGCCCCCUGGCUCUUCCCAAGCUGUGGGAGCUCCUGCCAGGUUUAAAUAACCUGCAGCACUUAGAUUUAGAGAAGAGCAAGAUCGACGACAAAGGAGCUGAGAAGUUGGCAGAAGCUUUAGUCUCCCUCUGCUCUCUUGAGAUACUCAAUCUGUCACAGAAUUGUAUAGGGGACGAGGGGGUGAAGAAACUCACAGCCACACUGAGGGAUCUACCCAAAAUGCACCAUUUAAGUCUCUACAGUAAUGUGAUUUCUGAUGAAGGGGCAGAGAGUUUGGCUGCUGCCCUCCCUCACAUGGCAUCUCUCACUGAGCUAGACGUGGCGUAUAACAAGUUGACAGAUGUUGGUGCACAAAGCCUGGGAGCCAGUCUAAGAAACUGUAAAAGAAUCAAGAUUUUGAGGUUGUGGAACCAGUGUAUUCCAUACGGAGUAUUUGAGAGACUUCAGCAGCAGGACCAGAGGAUCGCUUGGCAUUAGACUGUUGUAAAAUGUUUAUACCACAAGGCUGUGAACUUGUGUGUUUACACUACACAAUAGGUACAGCAACUACAUUCCCUAGAGCAUUUAUGCUUAAGAGACUGUGACAGUAACAAACACAGAGCAGGAGAGAGGAGAGAGCACUAAAACAAACAAACCAAACAUAGAUGAUUACUUGCUGCUUUAUUCAACCAUUCAAAUCUUUCUGGAUUCAUUCUAUUAUUCCAUUCUUUGCUGAAGGAAAUAAUAAUCUCUCCAUUUCAAACUCAGAAAGCACAUUUGCACUAUGAUUUUUAUAUUUUAGGCUUGAAUUGUAGAUUUUUUUUCUGUGAUUUUGUUUACUGAAGGGCCUGUUUUUUUGUUUGUUUGUUUGUUUGUUUGUUUUGUAUGGAAAAAAGUGCAUUUUUACUUGCUGUAAAUCCUACAUUGUUUUGCAAUCAUCUGCAU